AAGUGAAAGCAGCCUGCAGUCUGCGGAGCUCCGCCGCUUCUUACUUCAGUCUGUCGGUGUGUUUUGUACCGGACGGCAGGAUGGCUGACACCGGGUGUCCGCCGCUGAUCGUGGAGGGGGACUGGAGUCCGGCUCAGAACAAAACCAUGAAGAACAAACUGCAGCUGUACUUCCAGAGCAAGAAGAAGUCCGGCGGAGGAGACUGCCGCGUGGAGGCGGAGGACGGAGCUCCGAGGGCUGAAGUGUACUUCAUAUCAGAGGAGGUGAGAGAGCAGGUCCUCGCCAGGACAAACCACGAGAUCGUCCUGGAGAACCAAACUGUCAAGUUACGUCUGAUCUCUGCGUCGGCAGGGUUGAGCAGGUUGGAGGACCCAAAUGCAGGACGCAAGGCAAAGGAGAGCCUGAAGGACAGCGACGACGCCUCAGAUUCAAAGACAAAGACAAAGUCAGAAGUUAAGCCUGGAGGUGGAGCUUCAGCAGAGAGCAAAGAGGAUAAAGAUACCAAGGUGGAGAAGGUAACGUCCGUUCAGAGCGUCGCUGUGGUGUUGGAAAACGUGGACAGCAUGUCCAGAGAUCUGCUGUCCAUGCUGGUGGAGAACAUCUCAGGUUUGGAGGACAGCGCCUACAGCCUGGAGAUCAUCUGGGAGACCAACAGAGCCGUGAUCACCUUUAACAGCCCUGCAGAUGUGGAGAAGUUCCUCACUGUGAGUCAGUCCAGCCAGAAGCUGCAGAAAUACGGACUGACCGCUCGGCCGCUGGAGGCUGCAAAGAGCGUCCGAGUGGAGAGUCUUCCUCCGACUGUGACCAAAGAUGUGUUGGAGCUGUAUUCUGAGAAGAGCUGGUCUUUGCCGGACAAUAUCGUCAUGAUCCCAAGUGAACAGGCUGCCAUUGUCGCUUUCAAUGACCCUAAAGUUGUGGAAAGCAUUUGCACAAAAGACAACUAUGUGAUUUGCUCCACUACUGUCAAGGUGUAUCCAUACUACGAGUCCCUGGGCACUGCCUUGUACGGCAAAGAACGACCUACAUGGAAGCUGCCAGAGCCCUUCACAGAGGGGGUUCACCCUGCUGUCUGGAAAUUCCUCCAGAUGAAGAAACAAUUAAAAAUCAUCAACGAUCAGAUGAGUCUGCACUUCUGCAGUGUGGACUUGGAUAACCCUGAGGUGAAACUCAGCCCUCUGCCGAGCUUUUUGAGGCAGAAAGGUCUGACUGCCAAACAUGUAGAUAUGUGGAUGAGUACCGCCCAAGAGGCCUUCCGUCAGCAAAUGUCUCAGUACACUGCCUUUGAAUGUCCAGUGGACACACCUGCAUGGAAAGCUGCAGAGAAAGAUGUCCGUUCGGUUAUCAGGGACGAUGCCUUCCUGGUGAUGGAUGCAUCCAGGGGGGUUUUGGUUGUGGCUGGCCGAGCUGAUGAUAUAAAACAAUUCAGGGCUCCUGUGGAGAACAUUGUUCUCAAAGCCAUGAGUCAAAUUAAACGGCAGACAGAUGGUGUCUCUGAUGGAAUGGAUUUGUCCCCUGCAAUGUUUUACAUCCUACAGCAGGAAGGGUUGCAGAAAGCUGCACUGAACAUUUCCCCUGACAUGAACCUCUCCUAUAAUAGAGGAACCCAGAAGUUAACCAUUACAGGACUUCCUGCAGAGGUUUUCCAGACUAAGGCGUGGAUCUUGCAGAGGAACAUGGGUAUGUGUAAAAAACCAAUGAAUGUCCCUCCAUGUCUUUUAGACUUUCUCAAGACAGUGGAUCCCACAGAGAUGUCGCAGGACUUGUUCACAUCCCAAGGCAUCAGUGCCAUCUACAGCAUUGAGGACAAAGGGGUUAUGCUGUUAGGGAGUUCAGAGAAUGCCCUUGCUGAUGCAGAGAGUAAGAUGAAGACGGUUUUUCUACGUGCAGGUGACGCCAUCGUUACAGGUGCGUGCAACCUGCCUUGCAAGUACGUCGUACAUGCAGUCGGUCCCCGGUUCUCUGACUAUGACAAGAAGACGUCAGUGUCGCGUCUGAAGCUUGCAGUUAAAGAAAGUCUGUCUCAAGCAGAGAAGGUCCACUGCUCCACCAUUGCGCUACCUGCAAUCAGCUCAGGUGUGUUUGGUUUUCCUGUUGACCUCUGUGCUGACACCAUAGCUCAGGCAGUGCGAGAAUACUGCGACAGUCCAGGAAGUCUGAGAUCGUUGACUGAGAUUCACCUGGUGGACAAUAAUGAUAACACAGUGAGAGUCCUGGCUGCAGCAGUCAACAGAGAGUUCGGUGACCUUGGACCUACGAUGACCGUUCCACAGUGGGCAGAAGGAAAAGGCACCGGAGCUUCAGGCAGAUAUCAAUGGGGUCGAGGUAGAGGUCAGAACCAGUCGCCCAGGGGCCAACAGUUUGCUGAAAGAGGAAGAGGAGGAGGACGAGAAAGAGAGGCUGGGGGAACAGGAGCUGGAUCUCGGGGAGGUUGGCAAAGUAACAGUGGAGGUCAGAGCUCCAGGGGACACACCAGGCCUGGAGAGCAUGGAGGACCCGGGAGGAUGGAGCAGACCACAGCUGGAGGCCUGAAGAUUGCUCUCUGCAAGGGAAACAUUCAGGACCAGAAAACUUUCGUCAUAGUCAACACCAUAUCUGAGAACAUGGACCUGAACCAGGGAGCGGUUUCCAAAGCGAUCCUGGAGGCGGCCGGAUCCGGUCUGCAGUCAGCUGUUCGGUCUGAAGCUAGGGUGGCAACGCUGCAGCGUACUGACGUCGUCAUCACAGACGGCUUCAAACUCAGGUGUAGGAAGGUCUUUCACGCUGUUUGCCCUUUUUGGGACAACGGAAGAGGCCAGGCAGAGGAGGAGUUAAUCACCACCGUCAGAUAUUGUCUGGAUGCGGCUGAGAAGCGUCAGAUGACGUCACUGUCCUUCCCGGCCAUCGGUACAGGAAACCUGGGCUUCCCCAGAGACUUGGUGUCCAGAGUCCUGCUGAGGGAGAUCCACUCAUUCAGCCAAAAUAAAAAACCUCGCCAUCUGAGAGAGGUGGUCAUCGUCGUUCACCCGAGUGACAGCCAGACUGUGGAUUGUUUCACCAGGGCGUUCAGAGGUCAGACUGACCAGAGAAACAUGAGGGAAGCACAGGAAUUUAACGAGGCACCAGUGGCAUCUGUCAGCCAAUCACAACAGCCCUCAGCCUCCUUCAGUCGGGUAUCGUCGCCCUCCCUCGGUGUGCAUCGGAUGCAGAUGGGUCAGCUCACCCUCGAGGUGUCGUCUGGAGACAUCACCAAGGAGGCCAGUGAUGUCAUCAUCAACUCCUCCAGUCCGGACUUUACCCUCAAAGCAGGAGUGUCCAAGGCGAUCUUAGACAGCGCUGGAUUAAAAGUAGAGAUGGAGUGCGCACAGAUCGUGAAUUCUCCGGGUUACCAGCCUCGUCCGAUGAUCCUGACGUCGGCCGGGAAGCUGCCCAGCAAAAACAUCAUCCACAUUGUUGGUCAAAGGGAUCCUGCACAGAUCAAGGACAUGGUUUAUUCAGUGCUGAAGGUCUGCGAGGAAAACAAGUUCAAGUCUGUCUCCUUCCCAGCCCUGGGAACAGGUCAGGCAGGAGCCAAACCGUCAGCAGUGGCGGACGCCAUGGUGGGAGCGGUGGUGGAGUUUGUGAGAAAGAAACAGCCAAAGUUUGUUCGCAGCGUGAAGUUCCUGAUCUUCCAGACGUUCAUGGUGACGGAGUUUCACAAGAGCAUGAUGAAGAGAGAGGGAGAGGGGGUCGAGGAGAAGAACGUCUUCACCAAGAUCAGAGACUCAGUCACCACAUUUGUUAGUACUGUAUUUGGUACGGAGCGGCGCAGCACUGAUGACUUGGAUCUAGAGAGGGAAGAGUUUGAGCCCACAGUGUUUCAGCUGUGUGCUGACAACGAAAAGGCUCUGAGUCUGGCUAAGAAAAGGAUUCAGGAGGUGAUUGUGGCCGAGCAGGCGGAGCGCACCAUCACAGAUCAGUACAUCAGUCAGCUGUCGCAGGCUGACAUGGACCAGCUGAAGGCCCUGCAGAGGGAACUGACGGUCAGCAUCCGUCUGGACAAAGGGCAGGAGGACCAGGAGCCCAAAAUCCACCUGGAGGGUCUGACCAGAGACGUCUUCACCGCCGAGGCUACGGUCAGGGACAUCAUCCGGAAGGUGGAGAGGACGGAGACCUUGAGGAAUAAGGCCUUGCUGGUGAGCGGGCUUGUAGAGUGGCAGUUUCAGCACCACAACAAGGCGACGGUGCCCUUCGACAUUUACACCAACCUCAACCUGGAGGAGGCUCUGGAGAAAAAACAAAGUGUGAAGAUCAAGAUCCUCAACGAAAAUUACAACGCUGACGCAGUGCUCAGGAAAGCAGUUUCAGAGAAUGGACGUAAAAUGGUGGAGCUGCUUAGAAAAGACCUGAAAGGUACAGACGCCGCUCUGCCGCCACAUUGGGAUGACAUGAAAGGCGACCUCCUCAAGCUGUUUCCUCUGACUACAGGAUCCCAGGAAUACAACGAUGUGGAGACAGAAGUUAAAAAGACCGGCCUUGCUGCAAACAUCAUCAGUAUUAAACGAGUUCAGAAUACGACACUGUGGCAGAGCUACCAGCUCCUGAAGAAACAUCUGGAGGUGAAAAACAAUCACACAAAUAACGAGAGGCGACUGUUCCACGGCACCGGAGCCAACUCCAUCGAUCUCAUCAACAAUCAAGGAUUCAACCGCAGCUACGCAGGAACACAAGUUGGUGCGGCGUACGGCAAUGGCUCUUACUUUGCAGUGGACCCGGGAUACUCGGCCAAUGGCUACGCCACGCCCGACGCCAAGGGGCACAAGCGCAUGUAUCUGGCCAGAGUCCUAGUCGGAGAUUUCACCCAGGGAAGACGUGGCAUGAUCACCCCGCCCGCCAAAAGCUAUAGAACUUCUGCAGAACUGUAUGACAGUGUUGUUGAUCAAACUCCCAACCCAACCAUGUUUGUCAUCUUCAAUGACAUCCAGGCAUACCCAGAAUACCUGAUCACAUUUACAUGAGCUGCUGUUUGUGCAACAGCUCUGGUAAAAACAAACCUCUUUCAUAUGUGCUCUAGUUUAACUUUACAAAACAAUAAUUAUAUAGAAGUUUGUAUAAUAUUGCUUAAUAUUUCUGAAACGGUGGAGUUGCCAAUUUCUUGAAUUAGUUUCAAUCAGUUCCAAUAAAUUAACAAAAAGCGCUUAAAGUGAGUGAAUAUAUUUAUUUUUUAUUGUUUAUUAAAACAACAUCGCAUCCAUUUUGAAUCGAGUUAGGUUUUCAGUCUGCUUCAUUGUAUCCGGGACAUUUCACUGCAACGUUAGCUGUCUGGUAGCUUUAGCCAUGCUAGCACCUCGGCUGUGUGGAUGGUUUUCCUUUGGUGCCCCACUUUUGUCCAGACUUAAAUAUCUCAACAACUAGUACCUCAAAUUUAAUAGUUUGAGGUACUCUGUAGUAGAUUUUAUAAUAUCAAUAUCCAGCCUUAAACUACCCUGCUUAAUUUAAUAGUAGAGGAGCUUAGUUUAUGGACUGUUUUAUAUCUAUAGGUUUUUUAACUGCAUAAUUAAAAUGUAAAAUUUAAUAUGUAUAAUUAGUUUAAAGACAUCAUAUAAAUCACUAUACACAUACUCAGAAAAUGAUUAUGGCAGUUAUUUAAGUUCCAGCCAUCUAUCAUGUGAAUGUAUUUCAUUAUUUCAUAGCAAAGGUACCAAAGACAGUGACCGACACGACAAAUACAACAAAAGUCACAGGAUUAAAGUAUUCACCACUGGGGACGACAACGUCUGUUGUCUCCGUGUCCUCAUCCCGUGUUCUCUGCCUGCCUGUUCUCCUCUGUGUUCUGCACUAAAUUCUGAAUUAUACCAAUCAGCCAUAACAUUAUGACCACCUGCCUAUAUUGUGUCGGCCCCUCUUUUGUCUCCAAAACAGUCCUGACCCGUUGAGGCCUGGACUCCUGUGGUAUCUGGCCCCAAGAUUUUAGCAGCAGAUCCUUUAAGUCCUGUAAGUUGCAACCAUUGUUGCUUUGUGGCAGAAAGCAUUAUCCUGCUGAAAGAGGCCGCUGCCAUCAGGGAAUACUGUUUCCAUGAAAGGGUGAACGUGUUUAAGUAUGUGGUACAUGUCCAAACAACAUCCACAUGAAUGGUUGGACCCAGGGUUUCUCAGCAGAACAUUGGCCAAAGCAUCACACUGCCUCCCCUUGCUGGCCUUCUUCCCAUAGUGCAUCCUGGUGCCAUGUGUUCCCCAGGUAAGCAACGCACCCAGCCAAUCCACCUGAUGUGAAAGAAAACCUGGUUCAUCAGACCAGAUCGCCUUUUUCCAUUGUCAAAUCAAGACUGAAGACUUGUCUAUGUACCACUGCCUUUAAUUAAAUCAAGGCUGUAGAACAAUAUUGUACACGGCAUUGUAACUUUUACUGUUUUAUCUUAUUUACUAUUUCAAACUUAUUAAAAUAUUUUAUUGUGUUUUUUUCACUUUACCUAUAAUGCUUUUAUGUUUCUGCGUCAUUGUAAGCUCUGCAUACAAUGAAAUUAUGAAUGCCAGUCUCAUGGACAAAACAUACUGCUAAAUAAGCACUAAAAACAAUAAAAUAAUGCUAUAAUAACUUGAUUAUUACUUUGUCUGUAAUGUUAAUAAAGUGCUGGAUGGAUGGCUGCAAGAG